UUUGAAGUAUCAUUCAUCAUUCCCUGAUUGUUGUCGUUCGAAGUCGGGCGUUUGCUUAUUAUAUUUAUAUAAAUUAUGGGUUUAGCCACUGUAAUUGAGAAUGAGGGUCAUUUCCAACACGAAAUGGCCAACGCCGGCACGAAGCUGGUCGUCGUGGACUUCACGGCGACUUGGUGCCCUCCAUGCCAGAGGAUCGCACCUUUCUUCGAGCAACUGCCAGCGAAGUUCCCUAGGGCGGUGUUCCUAAAGGUGGACGUAGACCGCUGUGCGGAGACGGCGGCCGCGCAAGGCAUCAGCGCUAUGCCUACUUUUGUUUUUUACAGAAACAGAACGAAGAUUGACCGGCUACAGGGGGCUGACCCGGGAACUUUGGAGAGCAAAGUGAGACACUACUAUGGAUCUGAAGAUGCUGGUGAUGAGGACAAUGCCGUUGCCGGCCAUAUGGACCUCGGAACUUUCAUCACCAAAAGUGAAUGCGAAUGCCUCAACGAGGCCGACGAGCAUCCGCUGGCGCACGCCCUGACCAGCGGUGGCGGGUACCUGGCCAGUGACUGCGAUGAGCAGCUCAUUAUCAACAUCACAUUCAACCAGCUGGUGAAGCUGCACUCGGUGAAGAUCAAGGGCCCCGCCGACAAGGGCCCCAAGUCCGUGAAGCUGUUCAUCAACCAGCCACGCACCCUGGACUUCGACCAGGCCUCUGGGAACAGCUCUGUGCAGGACUUGGAGCUCACUCCAAGCGACGUGGAAGGCAACCCGGUCCCCCUCAAGUUCGUCAAGUUCCAAAGCGUCCAGAACAUCCAGCUGUUCAUCAAAGACAACCAGUCGGGCGGUGACGUCACGCAGAUCGACCACCUGGCGUUCUAUGGCACGCCCGUCGCCACCACCAACAUGGGCGAGUUCAAACGCGUCGCCGGCAAGAAGGGCGAGGGGCAUUAAUGGCUUGGGCUUGCGCAGGGUGAUACUACUGAUACUAUAUGGCAGGCUUUUCUAAAUAAUAUACUUUUUUUUAAAGUCCGUUAAUUUCAGGGCGCGUUCCUGAGCUUAGAUAACUCUCUCAAAGAAUCCGGUCCUCAUUUUGGAGAUAACCAAUGAUUUAUUUUUAUCUGUUAGGUUCCUACGAGCGUGUACACUUGCCUUAGGGCCUGUUUACAUAUUGAUUACUUGAUUAGUGUUUAGUAAGCAUAAGCAAGUACUAUAUCGGAUGAUCGAUAAUCGAAAUGUCAUUGAUAUGUCAUAUUUUUCAAUUGUUUUUGAAUUCAAAUAUAAUGUCCGGAUUACAAUAAGGCUAUAAUUUAUUUUUUAUGAAAAUACAUAAAAAAAUAUAACUAGUGGCUCUGUGAGCUGUAGACCUCGCGAGCGUAUCUUAUGGGGCACGACGACAGCGCCACCGAAACCGAAACCAGUGAAAUAAAUUUUCUGAAUUUUUGGCCAUUUAAUCUGUAAACAUGUCUCAAAAAGAAUACACUCUUAUGAUACCGAUACGACUAUUUGUUUAAGCGCGAGCUAUCACAACUUUUCCAUUUUGAAAAGUUUUCAAAAACCGGCUCGACAAUUUUUUUUUAUCGAAUCAUAGAAUUCGGUUACAAAAUUUCACGAGAAUCGGUUAAGAAUUGCGACCUGUAGAGGAGAACAUCCGGACAUACAAAACUAAAUAUCUUAAUACCUCCAAAACCACCCAAAUAAAUUUUCUGAAUUUUUUGACAUUUAAUCUGUAAACAUGUCUCAAAAAGAAUACACUCUUAUGAUACCGAUACGACUAUUUGUAUAAGCGCGAGUUAUCACAACUUUUCCAUUUUGAAAAAUUUUCAAAAAAUGGCUCGACAAAAAAAAAUAUCCGUUCAUAAAAUUUGGUUACAAAAUUUCACGAGAAUCGGUUAAGAAUUGCGACCUGUAGAGGAGAACAUCCGGACAUACAAAAGGAAAACGCCCGAGUCAAAACGUAGACCUUCGCUUCGCUUCGGUCAACUAUGCCAUUCAGUUUCCUUAAAUGUACUUAGCCAUACCCCGAAAUUAAAGGACUUUAAAAAAAACUGUGUAUAAAUAAGUUCUAUUCAUAAAUCUGCUGGUUAGUAUCACACCUUGGGUAGGCAACACAGGGGUAUACAAACUUUAAUCAUAUUGUAGCACAUGUACGAGGAAAGCGAGUGUUGUUUGCAGCACCUACAGAAAUAUGAAUACAUAUAAGGCAGCACCAUUGACUCUUAAAACAGACUAUAGCAAUAGCAGCAUUUUCUAAACUAUGGGUCGCGAUCCAAUGGUGGGUCGCAAGCGUAAUAUUGAGUGGACCCAGAAACUAUUAGAGGGAAUCUGAGCGUUCGUGGUACUUUAUGCCUUGGGGUCUUGAAUUUGGCAGUUUUUGUUAGGUGGGUCGGAGCCCAGUCAACUUUGGGAACCACUGGACUAUAGUGUUAUUAUACAUGUCAGUUGUUAAAGAUUGCAGAGCCUUGAAUUUCUGUUUGUUCUUAUUUACGAUAAUAAUUGUGUUUCAAGAGCUUAUGCGGUACAAAAAUAUCAAUUGAUACGUUAAAUAUUGCCAAAACUUUUAACGACAUUUACCUCCUCAGAGCGCCCAUAAUGCAUUUUAGGAAAUUCAAUAUUGACUUUUGUAAUAUUGACGAAUAAAUCCUAAUUUUAUUGCUAUAUGAUAGGUCCAAAUUCCAUGGGGCCCCAAAGAAAUCGCUCUACCCCAUUCCGGAGUCGAAACUGAAUGAGGUGUAGAUAUUUUGUAUCCUAAUAAAAACCCUAGUAAAUGGAAAUCUAAAGUAAAAUAAGGCAUGUCUAUCGUGAACGAAACCAUGUGGUCUAAAGUUUAGUACCCGGAUGUGUUGCGUAGCUCUGCCAAAGCCAAUUAAGCUUUCCAAUUAUUGUUAUACACAUUUCCCAAACUGUCUAAUAUAGCUAAAACUGAAUGUAAUAUAUUUUGUGACAUGAUUAUCAUAUUAUUUAAAUGGAACACUAGGUAUUCGCAAUAUUGUGUAAGCGUAAGGGUCAUCCUCAUCGAGGUCCGCAGUUUGUUAAAUGGUUCUGUAAGGUCAGACUUUGUAUGAUGCAAUAAAUAAAGAUUAUAUUUUA